AUGCUCUUGUAUUCGUUGGUAUUGUUCCCGUUUGCACUUGCUACUCUCAUACCUAGAGAACUUCUUUUCUCUGAUCGAAAGUACACAGCUUUCCAGCUCAGCCCUAAUGGGAGGUAUGUUGCUUAUAUUGCGUCAGACCAGAGCAACGUGAAGAAUGUGUUUGUCAAAUGCACGAGCUGUAAAAAUGCCCGGCAAGUAACAUUUGAAAGAAGUAACGAUGUUUGGGACUACACAUGGACUAGCAUAGAAAAUGUGAUUAUCUACCAGUAUGACAACCAUGGCGACGAAAACUGGCAGCUGUUCAAAAAAAAUAUAUCCGAAGCAGAAAUGGCUGCUAAUCCGGAAAAAAGAACGGUGAUUUCUGACCGUAAAACAGUGCAAGCUAAAAUUAUCGCCAGUAACUACAAGGAUCCAAGAUCGGAAGAG